AAUAUUAUAAUAUAAAAUUUUAAAUUAAUUAAAGAAAAUAACACUGUAAUACGUCAUCGAUAUACACGCCUAGAAGAAACAAAGGAUAUACAGGAACUAUUAUGUCAGUGACGUCACACUUCAACGCUUGAACAGCUGAGAUGUAGAUCUCGCGAUCUGCAACGCAUGUACUGACCUCACGAGAUCAAGGAUGGAUAAUGGCGACGAGACGCUCGGUCUUGAACAGUACGAAAGAAAUCGGCGCUAAUAUUACAGAUAUUGGACGCGAACUGUUCGAUGCUUGCAGGAACGGAGACGUGGGACGUGUCAAGAAACUUGUCACCGUACAUAACGUCAAUUCGAGAGAUGCCACUGGACGAAAAUCCACUCCUUUACACUUCGCCGCAGGUUUUGGUCGUAGAGACGUUGUAGAACAUUUGUUACAGAAUGGAGCUAAUGUUCAUGCAAGAGACGAUGGUGGUUUGAUUCCCCUGCAUAAUGCCUGUUCAUUUGGCCAUGCUGAAGUAGUUCAGUUGUUACUGAAACAUGGUGCAGAUCCCAAUGCUAGAGAUAAUUGGAAUUAUACACCUUUACAUGAAGCAGCUAUAAAAGGAAAAACAGAUGUUUGUAUAGUGUUAUUGCAACAUAAUGCAGAUCCUACUAUCAGAAACACUGAUGGGAAAACACCAAUAGAUUUGGCUGAUCCUUCUGCUAGAGCAGUUUUAACUGGGGAAUAUCAUAAAGAUGAACUUUUAGAAGCUGCAAGGAGUGGAAAUGAAGAAAAAUUAAUGGCUUUAUUUACUCCUCUAAAUGUAAAUUGUCAUGCUAGUGAUGGAAGGAAGUCAACUCCUCUCCAUUUGGCGGCUGGAUAUAAUCGUAUUAGGAUUGUUCAGUUAUUAUUGGAACAUGGAGCAGACGUUCAUGCCAAAGAUAAAGGAGGUUUGGUUCCUUUACAUAAUGCUUGUUCCUAUGGUCAUUUUGAAGUGACUGAGAUGCUAAUUAAGCAUGGAGCAAAUGUGAAUGCAAUGGAUCUUUGGCAAUUUACACCAUUACAUGAAGCAGCUUCAAAAUCUAGAGUAGAAGUAUGUUCAUUAUUGCUUAGUCAUGGUGCUGAUCCUACUCUAUUGAAUUGUCAUUCCAAAAGUGCAAUUGAUGUUGCACCUACAAGAGAAUUGCAGGAUAGAUUAUCAUAUGAAUUUAAAGGUCAUUGUCUAUUAGAAGCAUCACGUCAAGCUGAUCCAGCCAGAGUAAAAAAAUACCUCACUGUAGAAACAGUUAAUUUCAAACAUCCUUUCACUGGUGAUACUGCUUUACAUUGUGGAAUAAGUUCACCUUAUCCAAAAAGAAAACAAGUAACUGAAGCAUUAAUUAGGAAAGGAGCUAAUCUGAAUGAAAAGAAUAAAGAAUUUUUGACUCCACUUCACAUAGCUGCAGAUAAAUCACAUUUUGAUGUCAUGGAUUUAUUAUUAAAGCAUGGUGCCAAGGUAAAUGGUCUUGAUGGAUUAGGACAGACCUCAUUGCAUAGAUGUGCAAGAGAGGGCAAUAUACAAGCAUGUAGGAUCAUGCUGUCUUAUGGAGUGGACCCUACUAUUGUUAGUUUACAAGGAUAUACUGCAGCCCAGGUUGCUAAUGAAAGUGUUCAGAAAAUUCUUAAUGAUCCACCUUCAGCUGGAGUUGAUAUUGAAUAUCAAUUAUUAGAAUCUUCUAAAGCUGGAGAUGUGGAGGUUGUAAAGAGGAUUUUACAUGAUCAUCCUCAUGUUGUGAACUGUCGUGAUGUGGAUGGAAGACAAUCUACUGCAUUACAUUUUGCUGCUGGUUAUAAUAGAGUUGCUGUUGUUGAACAUCUUUUACAGCAUGGUGCUGAUGUUCAUGCUAAAGAUAAAGGUGGUUUAGUUCCGUUACACAAUGCAUGUUCUUAUGGACAUUAUGAAGUUGCAGAAUUACUAGUAAAGCAUGGUGCAAAUGUCAAUGUUGCUGAUUUAUGGAAAUUUACACCAUUACAUGAAGCAUCUGCUAAAGGAAAAUAUGAAAUUGUCAAACUGCUAUUGAAACAUGGAGCUGAUCCUAACAAAAAAAAUAGAGAUGGUCAUAUGCCUUUAGAUCUUGUUAAAGAAGGAGAUCAAGAUGUUGCCGAUUUAUUAAGAGUUGUAUUAUUAGUUUCUUGA